CGCGUCGUCUUUCUCUUGAGCUCUUGCACCGAUCGCAUGUCAGAUGUCGGACGGCGCAGACGCGCCAGCAUUGCUAGCCACAAUGAUAGACGCUCCGGACGAGAACCCGGCAAAGCGAAGGAAAGUCAGGAAAGGCACGCACAGCUGUAGGGAGUGCAGGCGGCGGAAAGUCAGGUGCAUCUUCGCAUCUCCUGAAGAUACUGCCUGCAUCAUCUGCCAGAAACGAGGCUCGGAGUGCAUCAGUCAAGUAAAUGGCGACGAGCCAGGCUUUAUCUUACGUGAUGUGCACUUUGACAGGGAGACUCUGAAAAGUGCGACCGUCCACGAAUAUGGUGACGGCCAGCAUUACAAUCUGGCCAAUCAUGUUACUGUUUCACGUAUGCACCAUCAGAGUCUAUCAAACUCGGGUAUCACCACAUCAGCUAUACCGACGAAUCAUCACGAAGGACCAGAAUACGAUGUACAACCGCUGGGCUCGUACCAAGCAAGCAAUACCCUGCCCACACCAGUUCCUAGCCAAACGUCUGUUUCAGGCAUUGAAAAGCAUACAGAAGUCAUGCAAACCCUACUUGGUGCGCUCCCGUGCCAGCAAGACACCAAGCUUCUCAUUAGUAAGGUUGGAAGCUCCUCCUCGAUGCGCUGUUACUCCAGUCACCGAAUUCGUGGUCAAAAGACAGGCAACGAGCCAAAACGUCAGACUCCGCGGAAAGAUCUUCUGCAACCUGAAAAACAUCCAGUCUUGCUUGCCAGACAGAUGUUAGACUUUGCGGCGUCUUUACAAUCUCUCUCUCCCAAAGAGUCGAUACCUCAGCUGUCUAUACACCACCACACUAUCAUGUUGAAGCUUGCUGGGGUUGCUAUCAAAGAGGUCACCACGAAUGACGCUCUCCUGGGAAGUCUCGAGGGCCUCGAGAUCGUAAUCCUGGAGGCUUUGUAUCAUAUCGACUGUGGCAACAUUCGCCGAGGCUGGGUCACAUUGCGUCGCGCCGUUACGAUAGCACAACUGCUUGGCCUGCAUUGGAAAGGUCACCAUCGGUUCAAGUGUAUUGAUGAGAGUGAUGAUCUCGAUCCUGAUGCCAUGUGGAUCAGCAUCGUAUGCAUGGAGCGUAUGGUCUCCCUCCUGCUUGGCCUGCCCACUAGCACACUCGCUGUCGAUAUCGCUAUGUAUGGAUCGACGAGCGUUACCGUCCGCGAGUGCAAGCUCCCAACAGCGCUAGCAUGUCUGAUGGCCAAGAUCAUGGAACGCAACCAGAUUACUGCUCCUCAAGAAGCUCUCGAAAUGACAGAUAGCAUAGAUCGAGAACUCAUCUCUUUCUCCGAGGGUGCACCUCAACAGUUCUGGAGCCCUAUUAACUACGCUGGACUUCGAGUGGGCUCAGUGGAGGCCCUAGACGAGUUUCAGCGGACCCUAGACCAAGUAUGUUACUACACCCUUGUCAUUCAGCUCCAUCUUCCCUACAUGCUGUGCCCGGACCAGCGGAUCUACUCCAAAAUUGCCUGCGUCAAUGCUAGCCGUGAGAUCUUGACGAGGGAGAUUGCAUUGAGGACUUUCGAUCCCGUCUCUGCCUGCUCUCGGAUGGCGGAUUUCAUGGCGCUGAUUGGUGGGAUGACGCUGAUGCUCGCGCACGCUGUUAGCCAUUGUGGCAAGAGCACAAACAACUUACUCGCGCACGCGCGAUUGGGCGAUCGAGCGAUGGUGGAGAGGGCGCUCGAGUGCAUGGAGUCCAUGUUCCAGAUGAACGAGGAUGCUCUUGCGGUGAAAUGCGCUGCGAUGCUUCAAAACCUAUUGGCGAUUGAGGUAGAGGCUGCCGCCGCGGCCCGUAUGGAAGGCGAGCACGACGGAGAAGGUUCCAAGAUGGUCAUUAUAAGGGUGCCUUUUAUCGGCGGUAUCAGCUUCUCGAAGAACGGUGUCGCGACUAUCGCUAUCUCGACGAUAGAGCAAGAUCAAGGUUUAUCUGAUGGCGUGAUCAUCGGUGGCAUCGGGGCAAUAAGUAUCGAUCAUACGAAAGCGCCGAAGCGUGGUGUGAGCAAGCCUGUGGCAGACAUCACAGUGCCACGAGCAACACCGUCAUUCAUGUCGAUAGCGAAUGAGCCACUGCUACCAAGUUUACCGGCUCAGGAGACGCCAGAAAGUCAAGCGCUCCAGCAAGACCCAAUGUUUCCGGAUGCCGCCGCGAUAUUGGAUGACUGGUGGCUUCAAGGACUGGAUACCGCAUUCUUCGAAACACUGAUGCGCGGUGCUGGUGAUCGA